AUGUCUCAAAGAGAGCAGCAGGUCAUACCCGAUAAGGAUGGGAGACCUUUAAGGCAAAAGCGAAUCAGGCCAAUGCAAGGUGACUGGGUGCUGCUUCGGGAGAUGGAUCCAAACAGGCCAGAUAUUGCCCAAAGAGCGAGCGAGCAGGCCUUGGACUACGACUCUGGCACUGAGGAUGACGAACCACCGGAUUUGAACGAGGAACAUGGAGACUUUACUUCCCCUAAGCGUCGAGCGAUCACCAGAGAGUCUCCCACACAUAGCCAUAUGCAAACGAAAGCGGAUCAGCAGCCCGUUGCAAUGUCUGGCUUGGGUAUGGACAAGUCCAAAAGCCUAAACCCUGGUGCGAAAGCAAAAAGAACGCCGAAACGGAGCGUGAUUUUAACUCAAGAUCUACCUAAGCCACAAGACAGUUCAUUCUCCAAAAACGAAAAAGAUAACGACAAUACUUCUGUGAGCCAGGAGCGUAGUGAAGAGAAGCCGAAAGAACCCGUAGAUCACAGUGGUUUCCAAGGCGGAGGGCACGAUCAAGCCUACGAUCAGAAACCAGCCAAGAGAGUCCAAGUGAGGAGACACUCAGUCUCGCCGAGGCCUUCCAGUCCCAGACCGGAUGUCACCGUUGACGGUCAAAGCCUGCCGAGUCGCAGCACUCUUAAAUACGAUGACAACAACGAGAUUAGACUUCGCGUCGAUGCCAGUCAGCCGUUAUCGCUUCAGUUCGAGUUCGACGGCGAUUUCGAAGGCCGGACGAUGCGAUUAGUUCCCACCGAAGAUGGCAUGGCAGACCUAGUCAUAUCGCCUGGUCGUGAUCACAAACCUCUGGGAAGGGACAUGAAGCUGGAUCGGCACGAAACAGAAGACUUCCAGCCCGAAUACCUUCCGUAA